AUGAUCGGUCUGGAUGUGUAUGUCAGCCCAGAUGGCAUCAGGGUUGCCACCCCGGAGGAUAUUCUGCGCUGGGAGAAGGAGAAGGAGUUGUACGACCCCAACGUGCGCCUCUUUGUGGCCCUGUUUCCCUACAACCCCUCGCUGAUGUCCCCAAACCCAGAUACCUCAGAGGAACUGCCCUUUGAGCGAGGACAGAUCAUUAAGGUGUUCGGUGAUAAAGACACAGAUGGUUUUUACCAUGGAGAAUGUGCCGGCCGCUAUGGGUACAUCCCCAGCAACAUGGUUUCAGAGAUCCCGGUGUAUGACGGUGACCAAAAACUUGAGCUGUUUCAACAAGGCUUCCUGCCUGAGGCCUCCAGUCCUCCCGAAUCCAGAGUCCGCAGUGAUGCCUCCUGUAUCCCAGACGACGUUGUGGUGCGACGGAUGGUGGCCAUCUUUGAUUAUGACCCCUUUGAAAGCUCGCCAAACUCGGACAUAGAGGAUGAGCUCCCUUUUCGUGCAGGAGACAUAAUCUAUGUUUUUGGAGAUAUGGACGGUGAUGGCUUCUUUUUGGGAGAUCUCCAUGGAUAUCGAGGUCUUGUGCCAUCAAACUAUGUGGAGCCACUGCCUUGGAACUAA